AUGGUUGCUUUCCGGUCAGCAACCAACUGGGUUUGGACAUCAUGCCUAGCGCUCCUGUGGUUCUCCCAAUACUCCUUGCAGGCUUCCAUCCUCGGAGAGAGGUCCCUGGAACCGCUAUCUGCUGAGGGACUGGAGGUGCUUUUGAAAAAGCCGGACCCAGUCAAGAACAUCGACCCGAGGGACCCUUCCUCUCACCUUUCGAAAAUCCUCAUUCCCAGAGCACCGGGCACACAAAACAACACCUUCGUUCGGAACUAUCUCAUCUCAACACUCAAGGCCUUGGACUGGCAUGUGGAGACUGACGAGUUUGUCGCCGACACGCCGAUUGGCAAGAAGAAGAUGGCCAAUGUGAUUGCAACCAAGGAUCCCAAGGCAUCGCGGAGGCUGGUGCUAUCCGCUCAUUUUGAUAGCAAAUACUUUCCAAACUAUCCUGAAAACCAGUUCCUGGGUGCUACCGACUCAGCUGCCCCGUGUGCUAUGAUGCUGGAUGUUGCCGAAGCUCUCAAUCCGUUCUUGGAAAAAAGAAUGAAAGCAAUGAAGGAUGCAGACUACGAGGAGGAUGACAUUGGAGACCUGACUCUUCAACUGGUUUUCUUUGACGGCGAAGAGGCUUUCCUUGAUUGGACGGACACCGACUCCAUCUAUGGUUCCCGCCAUCUUGCAGAAAAAUGGGCGUCGACCUACAUUCAACCUCACCAGAAACGGCGAUUGAUGAACGACGCGACAACUGAAAUAUCCACCAUUGAACACUUCAUUCUUCUGGAUUUGCUGGGGGCCAAGCAACCGUUGAUCCGGUCAUACUUCCUUGACACUGCCUGGCUCUUCGACGCCAUGGUAGCUGUGGAGGAGAGGCUCGGAGAAAUGGGUGCAUUCGAAUAUGGCGAGGAGAAAUCCAUGGCACCAGGGAAAUGGACGAGCUAUUUUAUGAAGCGAAGAAAGGGAAUGACCAACAUGGGCUAUAUUGGCGACGACCACGUUCCCUUCCUCCAGAGGGGAGUGAGCGUGCUGCAUAUCAUCACAGAACCAUUCCCCCGGGUGUGGCAUACAAUUAAGGAUGAUGCCUCCGCCUUGGACAUCCCUACUAUGCGACGAUGGAAUUUGAUUUUGAGAGUAUUCUUGGCCGAAUACUUCUCACUGGAUUCCCACAGGCCCAACGCUCGAUCGCUGGAAGAUGAAGACGAAUCUGGCGACUUCAUAUCAAGAUCGGUUUCUGAGCUCCGCAUGUAG